AUGGAAAGUGAUCAUAAUAGGGAUAUUGGUGGUGCGGGUGCGGCGUCACAAGGGAGUUCAAGGUGGAAUCCGACAAAAGAGCAGAUAAGCACGCUUGAGGGUUUCUAUACACAAGGUAUAAGAACGCCAAGUGCGGAGCAGAUAGAGCAAAUCACAAACAGGCUUAAGGUUUAUGGCCAGAUUGAAGGAAAGAAUGUGUUUUAUUGGUUUCAAAAUCACAAGGCAAGGCAGAGGCAGAAACAGAAACAAGAGAGUUUGGCUUCUAUCAGUCGCUAUCUUCACACGACUCGGCCCAUUUUUCCUGUCUCAUGCACUCCAAACGUUACUUGCGGCCCAUAUUACCUACCACAGAGCGAGAAUCUAGGAUUUUACCCUCCAUAUCCGAAAGUGCUAAUACCUGGCGGAUUCAAAAGGAGGUCAAGGGUUGAAAAGACUGAAAAGAAUAAUAGUACUUAUGUCGGUCAAGGAUAUGAGUAUUACAAUACUACGAUGCAAAAAAGGAGGAGUCUGUACGAGGAAGCCAUCAAUGUUGACAGUGAGCAAGAAACGCUUCCUCUAUUUCCAUUGAACCCAACUGAUCAAGGAACAACAAAAAUGUCGUCUCUUGCUGGUUCAGCUUCUGCCGAGAGUUCCACCACUUCUUCUGAUAAUAUUAAUGAAGAAGGUUUCAGCGACCAACCCUACUAUGACUUCUUUUCUAGACAAGGUUAUUUUGAUAGUCAUUGA